CACUCACUGCCACAGCCGUCAGUUAGCCGGCUUUAUCGCUCAGUUAGCGCGCGUGAAUCGUCGAGUUAGCACUAUUCGUUAAAAAUCAGCGUUCGCGAUGUCGUCGCGCAUGUACAAGCCCACUGAUCAUGUCAUCAAGAAAUCGUAUUUACCAUCGAUCCAAAAAUACAAAGAAAUGUAUGAAAGAUCACUCACUGAAUCGGAACUGUUCUGGACCGAGGUCGCCCAAGAAUUUCAGUGGCAUGUAGCACCGAAGCCGGGUGGCUUCAUGAAAUACAACUUUGACAUUACCAAAGGAAGGGUCUUUGUAAAAUUUAUGGAGGAAGCCGAGCUGAAUGUGUGUUACAAUUUGCUCGAUCGCAAUGUCAAGAAUGGUUUCGGGGAUAAAAUUGCCUUUUUCUGGGAAGGGAACAGUCCGGAUGAUUAUACGCGCAUUACAUACCGGAAACUGCUGGACUUGGUGUGCCAGUUUGCCAAUGGUUUGCUGGCCAAAGGAAUCCGUAAAGGAGAUCGCGUUGCAGUCUACAUGCCCAUGAUCUUGGAGGCAGUAAUCUGCAUGUUAGCCUGCGCUAGAAUUGGUGCUGUACACACAGUCGUGUUCGCAGGAUUUUCAUCGGACGCUUUAGCGGAGCGCCUUUCCGACGCUAAAGCUAAACUUUUGGUCACCGCUGACGGUGCUUGGCGCGGCGAACGCAUGUACGUGUACAAGAGAACCUGCGACGAUGCCAUAGAGAAGGCUAGAACAUUCUUCAAGCACAGAGUGGAUAUGUGUAUGGUCGUAAACCACCUCGAUAGAGUUACACCUGGUGGUAGUUUGAAAAGCGAAAUCAAAGAUCUCUAUAAUUGGAAUGAGGAGACAGAUAUCUGGUGGCACGAAGUGUUAGAGGGGGAAUCUAACAUUUGCCCUCCGGAAUGGGUUGCCGCCGAGGAUCCAUUGUUCGUGCUCUACACAAGCGGUUCCACUGGUAAGCCGAAAGGGGUUGUGCACACUACCGCCGGGUACCUGAUGUACGCAGCCGCCACGUUCCGUUACGUGUUCGACUACCACAGGCGCGAUGUGUAUUGGUGCACCGCUGACGUCGGCUGGAUCACCGGACACACAUACGUUGUGUACGCGCCGCUGGCCAACGCUGCCACCUCGGUUAUGUUCGAGGGGACUCCCUACUUUCCGAAGGUCGAUCGUUACUGGAGUAUUAUCAACAAGUACAAAGUGACGCAGUUUUAUACUGCGCCCACUGCAAUCCGGGCUCUCAUGGCCCAUUACAACGUGGAAGAUGGCAAUCUGACCAUGCCGGAUUUGUCGAGUCUCCGUGUGUUGGGAAGUGUGGGUGAGCCUAUAAAUCCGGCGGCCUGGCUGUGGUACUACACCAGGAUUGGGAAAGAGCGCUGUUCUAUCGUGGACACCUUCUGGCAGACAGAGACCGGGGGCCACGUGAUCACCGGACUGCCUGGCGCCACUCCCAUGAAGCCUGGUGCAGCAGGCUUCCCGUUCUUCGGUGUUGAACCGAAAAUCUUGAAUGAAGAUGGUAUCGAAAUAGAGGGACCCGGAGAAGGCUAUCUAGUGUUCGCACGUCCAUGGCCCGGCAUGAUGAGGACUCUGCUUGAGGACCAGGAUCGCUUUGAAAGGGUCUAUUUCAGCAAGUUUCCUGGUUACUACUGCACCGGAGAUGGCGUGAGGCGCGACGAAGAUGGAUACUUGUGGAUCACAGGCCGUAUUGAUGAUAUGCUUAACGUGUCUGGACAUCUCAUGUCUACUGCUGAAGUAGAGGGCGUUCUCGCCUCAGACCCCAGGGUCUCCGAAGCAGCAGUAGUGCCAAAACCCCACGAAGUUAAGGGCGAAGCACUGUAUUGUUUCGUUGUACUCAAAGAGGGGUUGCAAUUCGACGCUGAUUUGGUUAAAACAUUGACCUUGCUGGUGAGGCAGAAGAUUGGAGCAUUUGCCGCUCCUGACACCAUCCAGAACGCUCCGGGCUUGCCUAAGACUCGUUCUGGAAAGAUUAUGCGCCGCAUUUUAAGGAAGAUUGCCGUGGGUGACCACGAGGUGGGCGACAUUUCUACCCUGGCCGACCCCGGUGUCGUUGAAGAACUCUUCAACAACAGACCUGCUGAAGCGAAACCAAAAACUGGCUAGGCGGGCUCGUGACGAGAGCCGUUUUUUGUUCCUGAUAACGUUUGAGGCAUUUAUUUAUUUUUACAUGACUAUAGUUUUUUUUUCCAUUUCCAGUAUCCGUCCGCGGUAUACCAAAUCAGAUAUUUGUCGAGUACUUCCAAAUAUUUUUAUUGUAUUGUCUGACGUUGAUAUGGAUAAUGUAACAGGUCCCCUACGAACAUGAUCUAUUUUUUUUUGUAUUUUUUUGCUUCCAAAUGUACUUUUUAUUAUGGAUAAAAAGAUCCUCGUAGAUCGUUUGGUAAAAAUUCUUAUUCAAGAAUUUCGUGCUGUGUUAUUUGAUAGUGAUCACUAUUCGAUGGUGCAGGUAAAGUUCGUAAAAGCGAAAAAAAAAGAACGAUCAUUUGAUGAUGUCUAUUUUAUUUAUUGAGCACUUGGUGUUUUAAUUUUAAUGUAUUUAUCGAUAACCAUUCCAUAAAAAAGAAAUAUUACGGAUUAUAUAUAUUAAUAACAGUGUUUUGUGUACACUUUUUUUUUUAUAAUAAGAAACUCCGCAUGUAUUUUGAUACGCCAUUUAAACAGAGCAUCACGACUAAGUUAAUGUUUAUUUUAGUUAUUUAAGAAACGCGAAAGCCUAAUAAUUUUCUGGAACAGGUAUUUUUGAAUCUCAAGCGUAUAAACGUUAUGUCGUAAGUUAUGUAUUGGCUACACCGGGCACUCUGGUGUAACCAAAUAUUAGAAAUUAUAAUAUAUUAUGUAGAACUAAACCCUGAGCGUGGUAGUCGCACAAAAUCUCUCUUUAGAAUUAUUAUUAUAAAUGUGUUGUACUACGUUUUGACACGGCAUUGUGUAUUAGAUCGUGUCGCACUUCACCAUACUCUAUAUAAACGUGUGGGUUAUUAAAAUAUUAAGAUAAUGAGUCUCUUGACGUUUGCUUAACAUUUAAUUUAAGCAUCAUUGUAGUUGCUACUAUGAGCAGGUACGCAUUUGACUUGUAAUCACAGUAUGGUACAGCCAAGUAUUAAUAUGAGCUUACUGUAACAUGUUCCACGUUAUAACGUGUAUAAUUAAUCCAUUUUAAUAUAAUACCCACCUAUGGACAUGAUAGUUUGAAUCUUCGUAUUCAAUAUUUUGUCGUUUAUGUCAUUCUAAUAUGUAUUAUCAUAAUCAUGUUCACGUGUUUAAUAUGUUUCAACGUAUUCAUUCGUGGUAGGCUUCAGGAAGCAAAACUGUACGAAUAUACCUUAACAUCGCGAUAUUCGAUUUUGUGAGGAACAAUGUUCUUGUGAUUGUACGUCUUAAAACAUAUCAAAUCGUGAUAUCAUCUGAUGAUAUUAAAUAAAUUGGUGGUCGUAAAAUA